AUGACUCAGGACCACAAACACGAGGCUCUUCAGCCUAUUCACCCCUCCAUGAAAAACAAGCUCGAUCCUGUCUUCGAGAAGCUUUACAACGACAAUGUCGCCAACACACCCCUUAAACCCAUAGAUCUCGAGGUCUUGCGAUCAAAAUAUUCAGUUCUCUAUUCUUACGGCACCGGCCCCGCGCCAGAGGUUGCUCGUGAAUAUGACGCUCAGAUCACUACUCGCGAGGGCAUCGUUCUUGAUAUUAGAGUUUACGAACCUGAUACUGCUGGGCCAUGGCCAGUUCAUAUCGAUUACCAUGGAGGAGGCUGGGGUCUUGGCGAUCUCAAUACCGAAAGCCAUAUCUGCAAGCACAUCUGCAAAGUCGCUGAGGUCGCGGUCAUUGACGUAGCAUAUCGUCUUGUGCCGGAGAAUGCUUUUCCAUGUGGCGUGACCGAUAGCUUUGCCGCUCUUCAAUACAUUCACAAAAAAGGUGCUGAGAGAUUCAGCAUCGACCCAGAAAGGAUAUCCAUAGGUGGCGUGUCGGCUGGCGGAUUUAUCAGUCUCGCACUUGCCCACAUGGCUCGCGAUGCUGGAAUACCUCUCAAGCUUGUGGCUGUGGGCACGCCGGUGAUUGACGACCUCAGCAAGUAUUCAAGUGCCUCGGAUUCGCCUUUUGCGUCUAUGCAGGAGAACGAGCAUGCACCUACACUCAACUGGGGACGAUUGGCAUGGUUUGACAAGCUUAAAUGGAGUUCCCUCGGAUCGGACCCGGAAGAGAUUGCCAGGAAGCGCCAGCAAAUACCAGAGAUAUUUGCCAAUCUAUUCAAAGCUGAUGACUUUACCAACUUGGCAAAAACCGUUAUUUAUACAGCUGGUGCUGACCCUCUUAGAGAUGAAGGCGAGGCUUAUGGCAUGAAGCUGAUUGAGCAUGGGAACGAAGUGACCAUGAAGAGAUUUCCGGGAGUACCGCACCCAUUCAUGCACAUGGAUAAGGAUCUCUGGCAGGCAAGAGAAUUUAUUUUGCAAACAGCUUCUGCGAUCCGGGACGCGCUUCAUCACUCAUAG